AUCUCCUCCCUCCUCUCUCUCUCUCUCGCUCGCUAAUCACUCUGUCUUGGAGGGUUUUAGUUCUGCACGUCUUCUCUCUGCGCAUCAGACUUGCUUCGCUGUACCCGUUCGGCACCAGGUUCCAUAAUGUCUUGGUGUACAAUUGAGUCUGACCCUGGUGUGUUUACAGAACUUAUACAGCAGAUGCAGGUGAAAGGGGUCCAGGUUGAGGAGUUGUAUUCGUUGGACCUUGACUCAUUGAACAGUCUCAGGCCUGUAUAUGGAUUGAUUUUCCUUUUCAAAUGGCGCCCUGGGGAAAAGGAUGAUCGGGUUGUCAUAAAGGAUCCAAACCCUAAUUUAUUUUUUGCCAGUCAGGUUAUUAAUAAUGCAUGUGCAACCCAAGCAAUACUGUCCAUCCUGAUGAAUUGUCCGGACAUAGAUAUUGGUCCUGAAUUGUCAAAGCUGAAAGAAUUCACCAAAAAUUUUCCGCCUGAGCUGAAAGGUUUGGCAAUAAAUAACAGUGAAGCUAUACGGAUUGCUCAUAAUAGUUUUGCGAGGCCUGAGCCUUUUGUUCCGGAGGAACAGAAGAAUGCCACUAAGGAAGAUGAUGUGUACCAUUUCAUAAGUUAUUUGCCUGUCGAUGGAGUAUUAUAUGAGCUUGAUGGAUUAAAGGAGGGACCCAUCAGCCUUGGUCAAUGUCCUGGUGGGCCAGGUGACAUGGAUUGGCUUCAGAUGGUGCAACCAGUGAUCCAGGAACGGAUUGAGAGGUAUUCGAGAAGUGAAAUAAGGUUCAACCUGCUGGCGGUCAUCAAGAAUAGGAGAGAACUAUAUACUGCUGAAGUUAAGGAGUUGCAGAAGAAAAGGGAGCGCAUAUUGCAGCAGAUAGCUGCUUUGCAGGUGGAGAGGCUGAUGGAUAAUAGCAACUAUGAAGCACUCAAUGAAUCGCUGUCCGAGACAAACGCCGCUAUUGAGGCCGCUACUGAGAAGAUCUUGAUGGAGGAGGAAAAGUUCAGGAAGUGGAGAACCGAGAAUAUCCGGAGAAAACACAACUACAUUCCUUUCCUGUUCAAUUUCCUCAAGCUUCUUGCCGAGAAGAAGCAGCUAAAGCCACUCAUCGAGAAGGCCAAGCAGAAAGCAAGCAACUCUAGGUGAUGGUUGCUCUCUAUGGUAACAAGUAGCUCGAGACAAUCUGACGAAAAUCGUUCUUCCAAGGAACAGUAGUAAAUGCACUGAGGGAGGGCCACCAACUGUACCGGAAGAAACAUGCCUGAUUGUGAAGUCAUUGUCCCUCUUUCAUGCCCAAACUGAUGGUGCUGGUCCAUGUUUAUUGUCUUUCAUAUCCGGUAAUGAUUCUCUGCUAAUGGUGGCAAUAGACUUCCAUGAUUCGACGAGUGCACGACAAUGGACUUUGGUUUGGACACCACCCAUUUUUUGUGUGUGGGGACUGAAAAACCUGUGGAUGCUAGUGCCUAGUGCCUUGAGACUUCUAACCGAGAAAACACUCUGCUGGAUUGAUGUAAUCCUUUUCAGGGAAAAUUAAGACGUUUAGGCUCUAUUUAUUUCG